UCAAAGUUGGUUACAAACAAAGAACCAUCCAUUGAAAAUCUACAAGAAGCUAAGUGUGAAAGAUGUCGAUAAACUCUCUAAUUGUGCUGGUUGGGUUGACAGCAGUGUUCUGUACAGGAGUGUCUUCUUUUUCUUUCCAGAGGAACAGACCUUGGCAUCGCUGUCCCGAGAGCUAUGGGUUAGUUUUAAAUGACUUCGUUUUGAGAAGAGACAACGUGGAGGCUGAGGAGAUUGACUGGCAGAAAGGUGCUUACACUGCAGACGGUCCUGUUGAGGUCAAGGUUGCCAAUGUUAAGACUAUGGACGCCGAGGUGACCAUUGAACUCAAGAUAAGAUCCAAGACUUUCGGGACAACCUUUAGCAGGGAGUUGGACUGUGGACCUGGAAUGCGUUUCUGUGAACGCAAAAACAUGGAUUGUCAUGACAUGAAUGACAUGUUUGGUGUGAAAGGCCAAGGCAUGUGUGAUGCCAAUUCCAGAUUUAGAAACGGACGAUUUGACAGCCAAUUUAAACUUCCUGAAGGCUUAGAAAAUAUUUCAGGCACCGUGUCAUCGCUGUUGAAUACUCUAAGUGCAGAUCAGAUUGARGUCGARCUGCACGUGACCRCCGAAUUCUUCAAUUCCGAGACUGGAGAAAGAACCGGCUGUCUGGACAUUGUCCUUGGAGUCCACCUUAAAAAUAAUCAGAACGGAGGGGAAGACAACUCGAAUCCGCUUUCUUCGGUUACACGUACAUCACUUUUGUCUCUUUAAGUCUUAAACGUCAAAAAACACGGCAAAUAUCAGUUUCAAAAUAUGUAAGGGAACAUAUCAUAUUUAUUAUCAUAACACAAUACAGUCUAAGCUUUACUGUGUAUUUGUAAAAUUGUAACGUGACGAAUGAUUCUUUUUUGGCUUUGUCAAUUAAGCCGAGAUCUUUGAUUAACUUUUCUUAAAGAUUCAAUCAGAUUUAUGAAAUGAAUAUAAUGGUUCUUCUUAAUUGUGAGAAUUUUUCCCCGUAGAUAUUACUAUUUGUAUAAAGUGAUGAAAUUCUUCAGCUGGCAUUAAAGGGAUUUCCGGAA